CCUCUUUCUAGCCAGACACAGGAGGGCGAGCUGAAGGGAAAAGCCCCGAGAUCCCACUGCUGACACCAUGGCCUCAGAAGCUGGCAACGUCGACCCAGAAAGUGGAAAGAUUCUUCCUGCUAUUGAGUUUUUACUGGACCUACGGAACAUGGAGAAACUGCGGUGCCUGCUGAGUGCUGAAGCCUGGGAGAGAUUUGUGGCAGCAUCCAGCGUGCCCAGGGAGGAGGCAGAUGCGCUGUAUGAAGAACUGAACCAGCUGAAAAGACUCAUGGCCACGGAGGACAAACAAAACCUGUCAGAUGAGCAGCGGCAUAGGGAGAUGUUUAUGAAGCAGUUUACUUGGGUGAAACAGGACCUCAAGUGGCGCAUAGCGCAUCUCCAUGCACUGGCUGACACUGUUGACAGGAUGCACAGGGGCUGUACCAUCUCCAACAUGGUGGCCAGCUCCACCAGUGCUGUGUCUGGCACCCUGACCAUCGUUGGCCUGUCCCUGGGACCCAUGACAGCCGGGGCCAGUCUGGUGCUUGCAGCAACCGGACUGGGAGCAAUAGCGACUGUGACCAGUGUGUCUGCCAGCAUUGCAGAACGUGUAGGGAACAAGUCAGCAAAAGCUGAAGCCUGUCGUCUGGUGUCUGAUGCCAUUGACAAUGAGGUGGUCAUGCAGGUUCUAAGUGAAAUCGUACCUGGAAUUGCUUCCUUAGCGAAGGGCAUCCUAUCCCUGUACAAGAUUGUGAAGAACGUCCGUGCCUCCAACGUGGCCAAAGCUAAGCCUCUCAUAGAAGCAGAGGUCCGGUUUUUGGUGACCACAGUAAAGAUCUCAAUGCGAAACAACAGGGAGCUAAAGGAAGCUUUUGGGAUCAGUGCUCAAGAAGUGGCCAAAGGAGCCUGGAUCUUUGCUUUGGCCACUGCAGGUGUAUUCCUUCUGGAAGAUGCGAUCAGCCUUGUAAAGGAGACAAAGCACUUGAAUGAAGGGUCAAAGUCGGAGUCAGCUGCAGAGUUGAGGCAGCAGGCCCAGGAGCUGGAGGGGAAGCUGGAGGAACUCAUCUGGAUUCAUGAGAUUCUGCAGGAGGCAGAGCUGGAGAACUGCAAAAAGCAAUUAUUCAGAAAGACAAAGGGUCUCCUGAGCUCCAAGUAUGAGAUGAAUGAGAGUGACCAGAUGAAGGACUACAUGUGGGAGAUAGAGGAUACACGUGCUUCCCAUGAAGAGAUCCUGGCAAAGGCCAAGGAGAACGAAAAGAAGAGGAAGAGCAUGGAGGCCAAGAUGAUUCAGCUGCAGGAGGUGAAAGGCAACCUUGAGAAGGCCAACCAGACCCUGGAGCAUGAGAGAGGGGAGCUGGCCAAGGAGGUGAAGGUCCUGCUGCAGGAAAAAUGGGACUCAGAGCACAGGCGGCAGAAAGCAGAGGCCCAGCUGCAGGAGCUGCAGGUGAAGUUCAAGGAGGAAGAGCAAGUGCGCACACAGCUGCAGGCAGAGCUGGAGCAGCUCAACAGGAAGUUCUGCACACUGGUGGAGGACCUCAUGAGCUCCAAGGUUGACAUUGGCAAGAGUGUGGAAGAGGUGAAGACCCUGCUCGAGGAGCUGGAGGAUGAACUUUGGACCACCAUGGAUACCAGGCUGUGCUUGGAGGUGAAAUUGCCAGCUGUAAAGGCCAAGCUCAGAUGGGUCCGACAGGAGCAGAGCGAGGAGAAGAAUAAGCAGCUUGUCCCAAAUGAGAGGGAGGCAGAGCUGGAGGAGGACAGGAUGCAGUGCUCAAUGGCCAUGGCCAAUGGGAAGAAGCUGGAGGUGGACCCGAAGGACCUGGAGGCUCAGACCGACUGGGCCAACAAGAACCACGACGAGGCCCUGGAAGAGCUCCGGAAGCUGCAGGCCAAGAUGAAAGACUGCACCAGGGAGCUGGAGGUGAUGCACGCCUCCCUUGAGGAGAAGUUGGCACAGACCAAAGAGAACCAGGAGAAGCGGAAGAGCAUGGAGGCCAAGAUGAUUCAGCUGCAGAAGGUGAAAGCCAACCUUGAGAAGGACAAGCAGACCCUGGAGCAUGACCUAGGGGAGCUGACUAAGGACGUGAAAGUUCUGCAGCAGGCUAAAGUGGACUCAGAGCACAGGUGGAAGAGAGUGGAGGCCCAGCUGCAGGCGCUGCAGGUGAAGUUCAAGGAGGGAGCGCGAGAGUGCAGGCACUGGGGCCUGGGCGCUGCUCUCCGCAGCUGCUCCUCAGUCUUGGCCCAGUUUGCCUGGAUGGCUGCUCUUUUUCUUUUUCUUCUUCUUUCUCUUCUUCUUCUUUCCAUUUUUUCUUCUUCUUCCAGUUUUCAAUUUUAAAAAGCCCUUCAUUCUGAAAGUGUUUUAAAAUACCAGUUUUUACUUCAGCCAGCCUUGAAGACAAGCACAAAAUUGACCAGGUUACUUUUUUAACCACAACGACUGGAGCCCCCACCCCAUGGCAGCGCUAUUCUAGGUGAGAGCAGAGGGAUUCUCAGACUCAGAAACACGACUUCACUUCCAGAGAGAGCCAGACCACCUUGUCCCGAGAGGAGAAAUACACGCAGUCACCGUUCUUACUGCUGACCUUCCCCAGACUCACUUCUGGCUCAAGGAAAAGCUAAUAUCUGAUGCAUGGGUCACCGGCCAGCAGUGAUCACAGACCGCUGCAGAUGGCUCGUUGAAACACGAGAAAAAACAUGCACAGAGACAGACCAGUUUCUGUGGAGAAGUAGGGAUGUA